AACAAGGAGCAAGAGUAUUUCAAUAGGAUUUGUUCCAUACUCUAAAGACAUUUUCAAUUUUGUCCCUACUUUGAACUCCCUGACCCUCGCAUAGUCGCAUACUCGCAUACUCGCAUCCAUCUAUCCAUCCGUUGGCUGCUUGGCUCUCUCCUCUCCCCUCUCCCCUCUCCUCUCCUCUCUACUCGCAUCCAUUAACCAAAAUUCACCUCUUUUUUUUUGUUUUUCUGGGUUUCAAUUGACCGUUGAUAUUUCUGGACUCCCGUCAAAGUUCACAUCUUUCAAUUUCUAAAUUUCCCUCUUUUGGAAUUUGGACUUUUUUUGAUUUCCCCUAAAUUUCUCUGCUUUUUUUGUUCUACCCACAAGAAAAUCUUCAUCUGGGUAUUUUCCGAAAUGGGUAAAAAUCAAGCUUACAAAGCUAUGCAGAGAUCCAGGGUGGGGUCCAGUAAUUCUGCUCCAGAUGAGAUUGAAGAUGGCAUGAGUGGCAUGCUGCUCGUUUGGCUAACUUAAAAACUUCCCACACAGUCACAUGGGAAGAGUUCAAGAAGAAGCAAAAGGGAUAAUUUUCAAUAUCCACUUUUUAUGUCAGUAAAGAGAGGUAUCAUACGGUUUCACGGAUGGAAUAUUGUUCUUCAAUCAACUGGAGUGAAUGUUUGGGAGGAUGCACUAAUAAGGGGUGAACAAGAAGCUGACAAAGACAGAAUGAUGAGAGAAUACAGGGCUCAACUAGAUGCAGAAAGAGAAGGAAAGCUUUCUCAAGGAAGAAACCAUUCUAGUAGCAAGUCAAAAAGUAGAAAAGAUAAAGAUAAGAGCUCAAAGAGGCGCACCAGCAAAAAGAGAAAGCACUCACGGAGAAAAUCUUCAGAUUCUAGCUCCUCAAGUUCAUCUUCUGAAUCUUCAAGCAGCGAUGAUGAAGAGAGAGAGUCAAGAAGGUCAAAAUCUAGGUCUAAAAAAACAAGGAAGGAAAGAAAGCAUAGGUCUAGAAGCAAGCAUUCAAGUAGCGAUGACGAUACUGCUGGUCCAUUGCCACUUUCUAGGUUUUUUGGCAGCGUGAAGAGCUCGUGAACCAGAAUAGAAAAGUAAUUCCAACUUGUAGCAUUUUAGUUGUCAUUUAACAGGGAUUUACAUUUUGAAAUGUCUUCUUUCUGGUUUUUUUUUCUUUUUAUGAGAAUAUGUUUAAUAGCAUUCUGUAACUGUAUGUAUUUUAGAGAGCAGGGAAAUUCUUUUACAUUUCAAAUACCAUCCAUCUUCAAAUCUGUGGUUGGAUAUUAAAACAUACAUGAAAUUUACUCCCUGGAA